CUCAGAAUGCUGUCCAUCGCAUCUAGGACAGCUCUGAGGGUUCUUAACACUGCAUCGGCUCCGUCACACAACUUACAGCGUUCUCUGCGGGGAGUUCACAUCAGAAGGCAUUCGCUAGUCCCACCUCUCAGAAGAGCCAUGUCUUCCGAGGAGCAGGCCGCAAAGAAUGCUGCUGCAUCAGGGGCAGAUGCCGCAGCUGACCAGGGUGCUCCAACAAUAUUUGAUAAGAUCAUCUCAAAGCAGAUUCCCGCCAACAUCAUCUAUGAAGACGAGAGCGCUUUGGCUUUUCGAGAUAUUAAUCCUCAGGCCCCAGUGCAUUUUCUAGUCAUCCCCAAGCACCGGGACGGCCUCACACAGCUGAGCAAGUGCAAUGACAGCCACGAGAAGGUCCUGGGGCACUUGCUCGUUGUUGCCAGCAAGGUGGCUCUGCAAGAAGGUCUCAAUGAUGGCUUCAGAGUCGUCAUCAAUGACGGUGUGAACGGAUGCCAGUCUGUGUACCACCUGCACCUGCACAUUGUUGGGGGCCGCCAGCUGACAUGGCCCCCAGGAUGAUAUAGUCUGCAGGGCCUACACCGCUACUUGCGCAGUCUUAUGUCCACCUUAUUAGAGGUGCAGCACACGAAGAGGAUCAUUUUAUGCACGAUUCAGCCUGCAGCCGCUGUCUGCGAUGUCGGAGAGACCAAGAAAGGCUAAAAAAUUGUGCCCCACAUUGCUCAGUGCAGCCUGUGGGACAGAGCAGCCUGUGGGACCACAAGGAUCUGACCUGAACGACCUCAAUCCUGGAAACCCCAAUUUGUGAAAAGAGGCAACGGGACCAUCCUGCAGAGACAAUGUUGAUUAUUAUCGGGUCUCCCAUGACGCGAUGUGUACGGCUCGGCACAGAACAGUGCUGAAGUCCAAACGUUGUUUCCGUACAGCAGAUACUAAUCAUGCCUAGUAGGCAUGAAUCACGAGAGUGGUCAAUUGCUACUUUGAACAUCGUACAGCUGUAGACCCUGUAAGACCCUCUAGAA